UUUAUUCUCUUUAUCAUAGCAAAUUGGCACAGUGAUUAUCCCGUAGUAUCUUUUGCUCGCUCGUAUUUAAAAAAACGAAAACACUUUUAUAUCUGCACAUUUUUAAUAUUCAAAUUGAUUUAUCCAUAAAAAUAUAUUAUUUAAGCAAAAUGUUUUGUUGAAUUGAAAAUCCCAUAUGUCUUCCAAAAUCUGGGUGAAUUUAUCUUAAAAACACAACACACAUAAAAACAAAAAAAAAAAAGAAUGUUAAAAAGUAGUAUUUUAGAAACAUGAACUAGGCGUUUCCCUUUGCUUAGCUAAAAAGGAUGCUGCAACUCUUGGUAUAGUCGAAGUUGUGUGAAGAAAAUAAAAAUAUGAAACUAGAAAAAGAAAUCAGUUUUGUUAAAUAAUAAUUAAUCUAUAGGAAAAUACUAAAAUCGUUAAAUAGAAAAUGGAGCAGUUAAAAUGGUUAACACGAAUUUUUUUACUCUUUGUUGCUCUUACUGCAGUUCGAGCAUCGGAGGAUGAGGAGCGUUUAGUUCGGGAUCUCUUUCGAGGUUACAACAAACUUAUAAGACCUGUACAAAAUAUGACACAGAAGGUGGGAGUACGUUUUGGAUUAGCAUUUGUUCAGCUUAUUAAUGUGAAUGAAAAAAAUCAGAUCAUGAAGUCAAAUGUAUGGCUGCGUCUAGUGUGGUAUGAUUAUCAGCUACAGUGGGACGAAGCCGACUACGGAGGUAUUGGAGUACUACGACUUCCACCCGAUAAGGUUUGGAAACCUGAUAUAGUUUUGUUCAACAAUGCCGAUGGUAACUAUGAAGUGCGCUACAAAUCAAACGUUCUAAUUUAUCCAACCGGAGAAGUACUAUGGGUUCCACCUGCCAUUUAUCAGAGUUCCUGCACCAUUGAUGUAACAUAUUUCCCCUUUGAUCAGCAAACAUGCAUUAUGAAAUUUGGAUCGUGGACUUUUAAUGGCGAUCAGGUUUCGUUGGCCCUGUAUAACAAUAAGAAUUUUGUUGAUUUAUCCGAUUAUUGGAAAUCGGGAACAUGGGACAUCAUAGAGGUGCCAGCUUAUUUAAAUGUCUAUGAAGGCGAUGGCAACCAUCCAACGGAAACGGACAUAACAUUUUAUAUAAUAAUUCGAAGGAAGACAUUGUUUUAUACAGUGAAUUUGAUUUUACCAACGGUGCUUAUUUCGUUCCUUUGUGUAUUGGUGUUCUAUUUGCCUGCUGAGGCUGGUGAGAAGGUAACACUUGGCAUUAGUAUUUUACUGUCACUGGUUGUGUUUCUGUUGCUUGUGUCAAAGAUAUUACCACCAACAUCACUUGUACUGCCAUUAAUUGCUAAAUAUUUGCUUUUUACAUUCAUAAUGAAUACGGUUUCAAUCUUGGUCACUGUGGUAAUUAUCAAUUGGAAUUUCCGAGGACCAAGAACUCAUCGAAUGCCCCUGUGGAUUCGUAGUGUAUUCUUGCAUUAUUUGCCAGCAUUUUUACUAAUGAAGCGACCACGAAAGACUCGUUUACGUUGGAUGAUGGAAAUGCCUGGCAUGAGUAUGCCAGCCCAUCCUCAUCCAUCAUAUGGAUCACCAACAGAGCUGCCAAAACAUAUAAGUGCCAUUGGGGGCAAACAAUCAAAAAUGGAGGUUAUGGAGCUUUCCGAUCUGCAUCACCCUAACUGCAAGAUCAAUCGAAAAAUCAACAGUGCUGGAGACUUGGGUGUUGGAGAUUGUCGCCGGGAAAGUGAAUCAUCUGAUUCAAUAUUGCUCUCCCCAGAAGCGAGCAAGGCAACUGAAGCUGUCGAAUUUAUUGCUGAGCACUUACGUAAUGAAGAUCUUUACAUUCAGACACGUGAAGAUUGGAAAUAUGUUGCAAUGGUAAUUGAUCGUUUGCAACUUUACAUAUUCUUCAUUGUUACAACAGCUGGAACAGUUGGUAUACUAAUGGAUGCUCCACAUAUCUUCGAAUACGUCGAUCAAGACAGAAUCAUUGAAAUUUAUCGAGGAAAGUAGAAAGCUCAUACAGUGAAAAAGAUUCGUGUCAUCAUUACAAGGAACCAGUGUUUUGUGUUGAAUGCCAUUUUUUUGUAUUUUGUUGAUGUUAGAAAUCCCAUUUUUAAAAAAAUUGUUUUUGUAUUUAAUUUUUAAAAAAUUAUUUCUAAUAUUGUAGGUAGCGUAAAAUCGGUAUUCAAAUCACACAAGCUGCAAAUUGUAAAAUUUAGAUUUUUCAAAAAAUAACGAAACGCUCAAAAUAAAAAUUACACACACAUCACAUAUGUAUGCAAACUUAUUGUAAGUAUGUAUGUGUAUGUAGUUGAAAAGAUCACAAUUAAGAACCCUUAAUAUAGAAUUUAUAAUAAAAUUAAUAAGUUAGUAAAUUAAACAAAUUGUAAUGUCAACUAAAUUGAAGAAAAACAACAAAAACUAAAAAUCAACAAAAACAUUUAAUAAUAAGUGUUAACAAAUUAAGAGAAGUAUUGUUUGUUUUAAGCUUACCGAGGGGAUAUCUUAAACGAUUUUAUAUGAACACUUUAUAGGUACAACUAUUGUGUCACCUAUUUUUAUGCAAACUUAAUAAUUCAAUAAUAAGUUUGAUAAAUCGAAUUUAUGAUGGUUGCUCAAUUUUGUAGUUGAUUUUUUUUUAUUUAAAGAUUUUCUUUAAGUCAAGAAUUGUUUGUUUUGAAAAAAAAUAAGUAUUAUUAAUACCAUACCUUAAUAUGUAUGCGUUACAUAUAGUUUUGUGUGCCAAUUUAAUAAAUUAUUUAUAAAUUUUAUGAACAAAAUUAUUUAUCGUGUUUGUAUAUUAUAAGUUCUUAUAUAAAUGACGAUGAGAAAAAAAUCAGUUUGGGGUUUUAAUAAAAAUAAUAAUAAAUAACUAUGAAAAGGUAAACUUAGCGAACGGUAAUUUGAAGCAGAAUUUAUAUAUAUGUAAUUUGUUAUAAUAAAAAAAAUUAAAAACGUAGAAAAUAAACCCCAAGAAAAUUUCUAAUUUUUAAGAAAAAAAAACAAUAAAAUAAAAAAAAUUGUUAUUAUUUAAGUAGACAACCGAAUAGAAACAAAAAUAAAAGAUAAUA